UUCUUGAUUUAAGUUUAAAAAAAAUGGAGUGGGUACUUCGAAGUCCACAGAUUCAUAAUACCUUUAGCAACCUUGGCUUUACAAAUGCAGAUGGAUAUCACGUAAAUGGAAACUGCAAUGCCGCCUUAGAAUCGAUACUUCAAAACAUUUUAUCUGAAGACAAACUUUUACGCACAUAUCGAAGAAGUGUUAGUUUCGGUCAAAACAUUACAAAAGACCUCAUACCUCUUUUAAUUAAUACCAAAGAUGAUAAGACAAUAGAAUUAUUGAUAAAGAUAUUAGUGAACUUGACGGUUCCGGUGGAAUGCCUACUUUCAGUAGAUACCAUUAACAAAACUGAUAUCGGCCGACAUGCUAUAUUUGAAAUUAACAACCUACUUUCUUCUACGAAAUUGGCAAGCACAGACCAACGCGUGUGUAAGGUUAUCGUUGACUUUUUAAAAAAGAACUCUGCUGUCGAACAAAAGUCGAAAUUGAGUGCGGAACAAUGUACGAAUAUUAGUAAUACACUUUUAUUUGUACGCAACGUAUUACACAUACCGGUGGAUAUUAAUUGCCUCAAUCCGACGUACACUCAUCCGCCUCACACGAUCCAAAAUCAGCUCUUAUGGAACUUAUUCAGUCAAAGUAUCGACAAACUUCUUAUAAAAUUGAUGACAAUACCAGAUGCGAUAAAUUGGGGCGUAACGAUGGUACAAUUGAUAGCCCUAAUUUACAAGGACCAACAUGUAACCACAUUGCACAAAUUGCUGAAUAUGUGGGUCGAAACAUCACUCUAUGAAAGUUCAGAAGAUAAUGAGAGUAAUACUUCUACACUGAAUAGAGGAGGAAGCGAUCACUCCUCGCCUAUGCUAACAUCGGAUUAUACUUCGGACUCAUCUGAUACCAGUGCUAGUGGAAAAAGUAACGAAGAGCCGAAUUCUGUAUCAAGCUCCAGCAACGAACUGCCAGUGAAGAAGCCCGUUCACCAGACACCAUACCCUUUAAAACAGAGAAUUAACAAUAACGUUCGUACCAGCGACACCCUGCAGGAGCGCAAGAGAAAGAAAAUUAUUAAGAGGUGCAAAGCUAAUAUAAUAAAUGUUCAAGGAUUGUCGUACAAUACGCCGACAGAUGACGAUAUUUCUAACGUAUUGAAAGAAUUUACUGUAGAUUUCCUUUUAAAGGGCUACAACUCUCUGGUACGCACCCUCCACACGCAGAUACUCACGAAUAUGCAGUUAGAGAUCGAUACAUCACAUUUCUUUUGGCUGGUUACGUACUUUCUUAAGUUUGCGACUCAAAUUGAAUUGGACGUAGAGCACGUUUGUUCGGUGUUGUCUUUUGAUAUAGUAUCGUAUCUCACCGCCGAAGGAGUUAAUUUGUGCGAGCAGUUUGAGCUGGCCAUCAAAUUGAACGGAGCUGACUUGAAGUCUAACAUAAGAAGAUUGCAUCUAGUGGUCUCUGCUAUUCGAGAGUUUAUUCAAGCUAUGGAAGUAUACAAGAAGUCUGCGCACAUAUGUAAUAACGACAGAGAAGCUCUUCUCAAGUUGCAAAUGAAAAUAUGUGAAACUGAGGAGCUCCGUUCACUGUUUGUGAUGCUUUUGAGACAUUACAACCCCAGAUAUCAAUCCAAGCAAUAUUUACAGGAUCUAAUCGUCACAAACCACAAUAUCCUCAUACUCCUUGACAAUGUAAUAAAAAUGCCAGAUUACAAAGGCGAGAGCAAAAUGAUCGACCACAUCAGGCAAUUUUCUUCACCGGAAAUAAUGUGUCAGUAUGGACGCCUGUUAGAAGAUUACGAAAAAAAUGGGGAGUUUGUCAAUGAUUGCAUUUUCACUCUAAUGCACCACGUCGGAGGCGAGGUCGGCCUUAUUUCCCUCUUUCAACCGAACAUAUUGAAAACUUUCACAUCAAUUUGGAAGUCUGAAUUUGAAAUUUCCGAUGAUUGGUCUGAUUUGAUUGUGUACGUAAUAAAUAUGUUUAUGAAGAAGCCAUACAAACCACAAACGUCAUCAAACCUUUGCUUUGAGAAGGAAACUUUCGAGGACGACAAACAUUUGAAGGAGCUCCUAAUGUCUGCAGAAGAAUUACACGAACAAUCGAAACAAAGGAUAUCUAUUCAGUUUGGCUGUGAAGACAGCGAAAAUAGAUGGUCAGAAGAGGAGUUGUCGUCAUUGAGUUGGAAUUACAUGCAAUGCAGCAGUUCAGCUGAUGUCAUCGGAGACAUAGUCAAGCUAUUUAAAGAAAAUGACAUCAUUAAGAACAGAAAUUCGGUAUUAAAGAAACUCUAUAAUCAAUUCAUAAUAAAUAAAGAAGAGUUUGAAAAUCUCUUGAAGAAGGAAAACGAAAAAUCAACGAGCAGUAAGACGACACAGGAAUCAAAUGAAACUAAAGAGGAUGAAAUAGGCAAACUGUGUGAACAGCUUAGACAGGAUGGAAUGCGGAAAUUUUUAGAUUGGGUACAAAUAGUCCUCUUACAAACUUGUUUUGCCAAAAUAUACCUGGAGAAGAUGAAAUCGAAAAGAUUUGGUCCCAGCGAGAUGACUGUGUUUGACAAAAAUGGACAGGCUAUUGAGUCGCUGUUGAACCAACCAGCAGAGUUACCGGUCAUGUCGCCUGUAUCAUACCAUUCCUUGUUUUUGGACAAAUCUGUGCCACUGGUGCCGUGGAAUUGUCAACAAGCUUCCAUUUGCAAGGACUUGAAGUUUUUACAUCUUUUACAUAAACUUGGUUUCCAUAUGCCAGUGGAUACCGGAAAACUUUUUAUUAGAAUACCGAACUUCUGGACAUCGGACUACUUGUAUGAGGUCGCUGGCAAAAUAUCAACCAUCGAUGUUUCAAAGUUAAAGUUCUCUUUGAACGAUAUAUCUGCAAGUGGUGAUUUAAAAUCUUCAGAAUCAAGUAGUAUUGUGUCACCGGAGCUAUCUCUGGAUACCGAGUUAGAAAGCACGCCGGAGAAUUUCUUUCAAAUUCAUAGCAAAAAGCAAAAUUUAUUAGCUUUAGUUAACUUUACACCCAUGCCCGGGUCGUCCUUCUCGACAACAGGAGAUGAAGUAAUUAUAAAUAAACCAAGUUGGUUAGAUGUGGUGCAAAAAUCACAAAAGUACAAACUUUCUUUGGAUGUGGAAAAGUCCGUCACGGGCACGCCGCUGCUGCCCACCGUCAUGAGCGUCAAGCAGGAGACCAGCAGCUUCGGCAUCGCCCAGGACUCCGAGGACUGCAACAACAGCGUGUGCGAGACGGCGUCCGUGGCGUCGGACCUGACGCGCAUGUACGUGUCGGAUGAGGACGAGAAGCCAGAGCUGCUGCGGCCCAGCCCCAAGGCACCCGACGAGUGCUGCGACGACUACGAGCUGGCGGGCAAGCGACCGCGCAUACAGGCUUCACCGACCUUCUAGUGCGAUCCACCGCCACAACUCUUGAAAUCUUGUCGGUACCGGCUAGGGUUGCCAGGUCAUCAAAUCGAGUUACUAACUAAACACAGUUAUCAGUUUGACGGGACAUUUGGUUAAAAAGGCUGGAUAUCAUGUCAUUAAAUUAUUAAGGAAGUUGUUUCUUAGUAUCAGUACGACAUACCUAUGACCAAAAUUUUGCGUAUAAAACCAGGCUUUUUUAUUAUUUACAAUAUAUCUUUUAUAUUCAAACCGGUCAAAAUUAAAAAAGCCUAAUAGAAGCUGGACAAGCUGGACGCCGUUUAAUUUGGCCGGUCACGCAUUCAAAAAGCCUAACAAUGUCUGGCAUUUUCCGGACGCUUGGCUAGUUGCAAGGACUACAGUUGCUAAAUAUAAGAAUGUUUUAGUCGUGUUCGUUUCAAAUUGAAUUAUAUUCGGCGUAUUUUUUGUUAGCUUCUUAUUUUCUUUUAAGUUUCGACGUGUGUUUUGUUUCGUCGUAUAAGAAGGCUAGGACUAAAUGUUCUACUUUUUAUUAAAAGAGUGCUAUCAA